AUGGGUAUGAUUUCUCGCUCUGUACGGACACUUGGAGGAGUUGGUUAUGGGUUGGGUUCGAGGCUAGGGCUUUUGCUACAGAGAGAAGAAGAAGAAAGAAAAGGUCUCCCAACUCGGUUUAAUCUCUCCAUAAAACAUGUUCCAAUUGCUGCAACGUGUCCAUUCUGCCUUGCUGCUCCUGAGACGAUUCUGCAUGUGUUGGUGCGGUGCUCUUUUGCUAGCAGUUGCUGGAGCAAGGUUCCAAUUACUGGGGUGGCGUCGGAUGCAAUGUUGUUCUCGAGUUGGUUAGAAGCGGGGUUGGUAUUGUGGAACUCGGCCGAGGCUCUUAAGGCUGGUAUGGUCUGUUGGUCGAUUUGGAAUCGUCGGAAUGAGUUGGUUUGGACCUUCAAGCACCCUGAUGCAAGUGAGGUAGUGGCAAUGGCAAAGUUAAAUUAUGUUGAGUGGUUUAAUGCUCAAAAAGUUAAUGUCACAGAUGCAUGCUUAACCGGGACGAUGACGUUACCAGUGGAGCGAUGGACAGCUCCCGAUUUUCCUUUGGUCAAAGUUAAUGUGGAUGGUGCACUUUUUUCUGCCCAUGGGCAGUAUGGAUUGGGCUUGAUUGCAAGGUCUGUUGCGGGGUUGGUCUUAGGGGCCAGAAGUUUAUCUAGAGAUGGCUCUUUGCAACCUCAUAUCGUCGAAGCCAUUAGUAUCAAGGAAGCUCUCCCUUGGAGUAAAGCGAAUGGAAGGUCAUAG